UUACCCUGAUUUUCCCAACCCAUACACAUCAGCCUAAUGGCGUGACGUAGUUUCUAGUUUGUGUUGGCUGAAUUUCCAUAUUUUGCUUGCUUGGUAUUAAAAUAUUUGUUGAAGAACUAUGGCAGUUUCAGACAUUAAAGAGUUUUCUAAGCCCAUUAGAAAAGGAAUUGUCGAUAGGGGAUGGUUAGCUGAUGCAGUCAGUGUACAUGAAAACGAUUUAUUGCUUGAUUUUGCAUGGGGAAUGCAAUUGCCUGAUACUGCACUUCUCAAUUCUACCGUCCACAUUGAAACACUUGGUGAAGUCCAAAUUCCUGUAUCUCUACAGGAUAUUGACAAACUAAAAACAGUUUCCGGGGAGUUAUCUUAUGGAAGAGGAUGCAGCAUUCCUCUCGAAAACUCUUUAAGAUUAGCAAAGGAGAUAACAUUGCCGAAAGUGCUCUUUUCAACACAUGAGAGUUAUGACAUCUGGUCAAUUGUUGGAUGCCAUCUACAGCUACCUGUUGAUGUUAUAGAUGUAGAAAUCAAGCUGACUAAAUUAUUGUUAUAUGAAGCUGGCGGCCAUUACAAAGAAAUAGUCUGUGAUCCCAAACAUUGUGGAACUUUUGGUACGGUGAUUCUUCAAUUACCUGUUGAAGGAGGUCAUGAAGGUGGAGGUUCCAAGGUGGAAUAUAAUGGAAGAAGAAAAGUUAUAGAGACCCAUCAAAGAAGCGAUGAGCGUUUCUACCUCUUGUCCUUCUACAACUGCUGCGAGCAUUCCGUGGAGCCCGUCACACAAGGCUCCAUAUUAAGACUUGUUUUCAACCUCAUUUGGAAAAACCCGAAGACUGAAAUACCCCAUAACUUCCCCCUUUUUCUACAUGGCUUGAAUGAGAUUCAAGAAGUUUUGAAGCACUGGAUUCCGAAUAGCACCUUUAAUAGAAACCUGAUGGACGAUUCACUCCAGAUUCCAUCAAAAAUUGAGCUCGAUGACUCUGCUAAUAAUUGUUUACGUCACGAAGAGGAACCCUAUCUGUCACUGUACUCUGAAAAAACAUUGAUGCAAGAUGUCUUCUUUUUCGUGUUGGAGGAACAGUAUGGCGAAAAAGACGUUCCGUUUCAUCGUCUUCGAGGAAACGACUUCAUUUUGGCGCAACUACUUCUCAAUUGUCCGUUUAUCGACGUGCAUAUUGCAACAGUAACCCACAAGCGUUUUCGAUUGCUGGACAAAAUCAAAUCAAACGAUGGGUCGAAUAGUGUUGCCAAAACAGAUCGUCUAAUUGCAGUUUCAAGUUGGAAGGAUUCUGAAAAUAUUUCAACAGACUACAACAUCAAGUUAAACCCGGACCAUCAGUGUGUUGGACCCAUUCGGAAUCUCUUGACAUUAGACAAACCGGACAGACUGGAAGUGAUUUUUAUCGGAGAUGACAAAUGCGAAAAUCAAAUUGAAGAGCAGCAUUUCUUUCGUCGUGUUUUAGUCAUUUGGCCCAAAGAAGAAUCUUUCCGCAUCAGCUGUUCCUUUGGAUUAAAUUCUCUUCUAGACCGGAUGGAGAUUUCCUUAAAUUUAGCCCUUCCUGAAUCGAUAGAUGAUGUCCGACAGAAUGUCACACGAGAUUUGAAAAAUGUAAUCGCCCUUGGUUCUGCCGAUCCUCGAAUGUUGUGGGUCAGAGCAGGUAUGGAAAAGGGCGAACUCACUUUGAGAUUGCUCCGUAUGUGUAUCCGUUUAGAAGCUCGCGAAGAAGGACUCGCUCUCCUGAAAUUGCUCGGAUUGGAUUUCCCUGAAGACCAAAAAGGAAUCGGUAACAAUUCCGAGAACUUUGAAGGGAUUCAGAACGAACAAGUGGCCCUGGCAAUCUCAAAAUUUCAGUGUCUAUUCGGUUGGAGGGAUAUUGCCGAGCUCAUCAAGCGAAUGAUUUCUCCUCAUCGUAUUACCCAGCAAUUUAUCCCCACGGUUUAUUUACUGAAAUAUUUACUGGAAGUUAAUUGCACCGAAGGAGCUAAGGAAGUUGGAAAUUUAAUCGCCUCCUCGUUCGCCAACAUCCACCAACAUCUCGACACAUGCGUUAGCUGCUACAUUCGACUUGGUCACGCCGAGAGGCUUCAAUCUUUGUUCUCUGACAUUUUUCGAGCUCCAGUCAUCGACUUUGAUGAUAAUUUUUCCAAGAAGAAUUUAUUGGAGAUACUUAUUUCAUCUCCUGUCAUCUGGGAAUUGGCUACAUCAUCUGAGUUAGGCAAGUCUACAUUAUCAGUGCUGGCCAUGUAUCAAUUGAUCUUGCUACGGGACGAGCCGGCAUCAACCCUCAGAAGACAGAACACUACUCCAGGCGAAGCAUUUUUACCUGAACUUUUAUCGUGCCUGAAGUUUAUUGGACGUUUGGAGAGCAAUUCCUACCCUGUUGACUCAAAGUACAUGUCUACAGUACAACCGUUAUUGGAUCAACUGGAGAUUCAACAACUUUUAGACGUUAUGGUCGAUCUCCUCAACUCCAACGAGCAGCCGCCUACAAUUGGAAUCCUUCGUUUUAUAUCCAAGGUCGUGGUUUCCCGAAUGAAGGCAAAUCAAGUCCCCGACAUGUUACGCCGAGAGUCGAUCCUGGAAGCUGUUCAAUAUUUGAAUAGAUCAGAAGACAAACUGCUGUUGCGAUCUUUCUUGGAGCAAGUCAGUUCGUAUGAAAUAACGGGAUCGUGGGACAAUAAAUUCAAGUACGAGUUAUUCGAUGAUCUCAUCUACUCUUCAGGCAUCUGGGAUGGAUUGGACUCUACUUCCAAGUUGAUUGUUUUGGACACUUGCACCACUCUCGUCAGUGUCUGGAUCGUUUGUAUCUGCCGAUUAUUGGAUUCUUCUAGCCCAGACAAAGGGGAAGUGUCGAAUUCGCAAAUAUUCGAAUGUGUCAAGCUCUUCUUUCUUGCCGAGAAGAAUCGAUUUGGUAUGAUGACCGACAACGGCACAGUUCUCCAGCAUCUUUUAUCCAAACUACCGCUUCCUCAACUCAUGCAACUCGUACUGGACCUCUAUUUGUCCGACUCCGAGUCGCAAACAAACAUCAAGCAAUUCACGAAUUGCUUCGUUUGGUAUCGAGAUCUGUGCAAGCUUUUUUUCGACCGUGAUUUUGUAUCGGUCGUGAAGAAAGAUGAAGUUGAAAAUGUAUUCCGGUGUCUUUUGUGGAUGGAAGAUGACCAGUUGUGGGAGCUGUUUUCAACCAAGGUUUCUAUGUUGGCAAAAAAGAGUUGCAUACUAACUUUUAUGACUUGUAUCUUACAGAGUGUCGAGAUUCAACAAGGGCUAGUUGACUCGCCAUCUGCUUUUGCAGCUUUUGUUCGCAUCGCGGAAGGAUGGGUUGAACGAUCGAAAUCCUGGAAGGAGCCGAAAUUCACGUGGAAGCAACCGAAUGCCGUUGUUAACGGUCAUCCCGAGUUGGAAGAAUUUUCCCGCUCUCCCCUUAAGAGUAUGUCUCAGUACUUUACCACUGUGAAAGAAGCUCGCCUUUUCGCCGACAGUUUGCUGGAAGAAUCCAAACAUGGAUUUAAUGUUACUAUUACGCCGAUCGGUAAGAAAUCGGUUCAUUGCAGCGUGACUAAAAAUCGCAGCUAUCACAUCAAUGUCUAUCUGAAUAUUUUGAAAGCGUAUCGUUCAUUUAAAGAGAAAUUUGACAAAUUCAUGGAACUUUGGCAAAACCUUAACGAUCGCAUCCUAUCCAAUGUUGUAAUCAAACCGUCAGUUGUAACCGGUUCAAGUUCGGAUGAUGAUAUUUUGAUUUUUUCUCCUGCUAAACGUUGCAGACAAGAAAUUGAUGUUGUUGAUUUAAGUGUUUGAGUUUUUCGCAGUUGCGUAAAGAAAACUUGCAUUACUAUGUUUUUAUUGUCAUAUUGUAUAAUGUGUGAUAAAAAUUAAGAAUUACAAUUUUUGGUAAAAAUU